AUGCUGUUCUACGCCGCAAUAUGCUCCAAAAGACAAAAAAAGGGGCACAAAAUGGAAGACCAGUGGACUGGCCCAUACACCAUAGAAGAGGUUGACUUACAAAAGGGAACCUGCAGGUUACGUGGAAAAAGUGGCGAGAAACUAAGAAGGAUAGUGAACAUGAAAGACCUCAAAGCGUACAGGGUUCAAUCCACAGCUCAGCAGACAGCACAACCACCAUUGCAGCAUCCUCACUGUUCUUCUCAGCAUUCAGCGACAGCACUCCAACAUCAACAACAGGCGCCAUCGCAGCAGCCAGUACCAUCUAUGCAGCCUGCAACACCAUUGCAGCAGCCAAAACAAUCCCAGCAGCUAUCGCCAACCAAAACGGCCACAAUACAGCAGUUAAUGUCAUCCCAACAAGCACCAUCCAAGCAGCCUACACCACACCAACAGCCAGCACCACACCACCGGCCAACACCAAUGCCACGGACAAAGGUUCCCCAACCAAAAGUACCACCCAAUCAGCCAACACCAAUGCCGCGGUCGAAGUGCCCCAAACUUCAAGCACCUUCCAAGCAGCCAAAAGAACAUCACCAGCCAGCACCUUCUAGCCAGCCAACACAACCAAAUCAACCUACACCUUCCAGCCAGCCAACAUCACCUAAUCAGCUAGCACCUUCCAGCCAGCCAACAUCACCUAAUCAGCUAGCACCUUCCAGCCAGCCAACAUCACCUAAUCAGCCAGCACCUUCCAAACAGCAAACAUCACCUCAUCAGCCAGCACCUUUAAACCAGCAAAAAUCACUUAAUCAGCUUGCACCUUCCAAACAGCAAACAUCACCUCAUCAGCCAGCACCUUUAAACCAGCAAAAAUCACCUAAUCAGCUAGCACCUUCCAGCCAGCCAACAUCACUUAAUCAGCCAGCACCUUCCAAACAGCAAACAUCACUUCAUCAGCUAGCACCUUCCAAACAGCAAACAUCACUUAAUCAGCCAGCACCUUCCAAACAGCAAACAUCACUUAAUCAGCCAGCACCUUCCAAACAACAAACAUCACUUAAUCAGCCAGCACCUUCCAAACAGCAAACAUCACUUAAUCAGCAAGCACCUUCCAGGCAGCCAAAACCACCUAAUCUGCCAGGGGCUCAGCAACCGCAAAAUACCAGCCCUUUGAACCAAACAAAAAAAUACAGAACAUUUCAAAGAAGGACAUUGCUUCCUGCUUUGACAAAGUAAUCAAAGAUCACCUUUCAGAAGUACUCAGUGGCACCAAGGAAAGCUGGCGACAUGAAAUUUUCCAUGGAAGAAUAUUAUCAGACAGGGAUAAAGAGAUGAUCGAAAGGGUAGAUCUCAAGUUCAAUGUGCCAUUUGGGGACUUUGAGGAAAAAAUCAAACAUAUCACAUGGUAACUCUAAUAGCAAAGCACUUCCCAAAGGUCAGUCAAAAGUACUUAAUGGAGGUACUUUUACCAGAGGCUCUAAUUACCCUAUGUUGUCAGCAAUUACAAAUUACACGCAACCAGGCUGAGGAUCUCCUAGAAAGUGGUGGAAAGCAUGAGGCAGAUGCAUUCCUGCAAAAAUAGAACAAAGAAGUAAAGGAAAGUUCUUGAAAAAAAAAAAAGCCCGAAAAAAAAAAAUGCAAGGAGCGAAGAAGCUGAAGACGAAGUUCAGUUUUUGAAACAGGCUAGGAUGGACGAAGCAUCUAUUGCUAAAAUGCAAAGGCCUACAUUUAAACUGAAUCAAGAAGAUGUAGACAUAAUUGGCAAAAAUGCAAUGCUUACAGAUCUUCAAAUACAAAUGGCCCAAGAACUGUUGCAUCGCCAAUUUCCUUAUAUCGAGGGGCUGCUGUCUCCAACAAUUGGGAAGGCAGAACAGUUUCCAGUGAUGCGGAACAGCUUCAUUCAAGUGCUACACACUGGUGGUAAUCACUGGGUUUGUGUCAGUAAUAUUGGAUGCAGCCACAACAACCAAGUGAAACUCUAUGACAGUCUUUAUAGUGGAAUUGCGCCAUUCACCAGAGAGCAGAUUGGUGCCCUUCUUUUCAACCAAGACAGCAAUGUUAUUGAAAUUUGUGUCCCUCCUGUUGACCAGCAAACAAAUGGGACAGACUGUGGAGUUUUUGUGAUUGCAUUUGCCACAGCACUCUGCCAUAAUAUGGACCCCACAUCACUUAAGUUCAACAGGCGGGCAAUAAGGGCACAUCUCUUAGAUUCCCUUAAAAAUGGAUACAUUGGUAUAUUCCCCUUUGAGGAAAAAUCAAGCAUUGGUUAUGAAGAGACUGUUGCCAUGCCAGUGUACUGUGACUGCCGCCUCCCAUACAAUCCAACCAAAGACCAGAUGGCAGAAUGCACCAAUUGCAAGAAGUGGUUCCAUCAAGCUUGCCAAAAAAUUCCUGACAAAGUUUUCAAGUAUAAAAGGUUUCAAUGGAAGUGCAAUAACUGCCAAAUUGCUUAG